AUGCAUUCGGAUAAUAUGGAUGAAGCUAAUUUGUUAAUCGAAGAAAUAAUUAAUCUUUCAAAUCCAGCAUUCGUUAGCAAUAAUAAUUCAUUUAUUGAAAAUCAAAAUAUGGUAAUAAACCAUAACAUUCAAUGG